AUAUGUGAGCAACAGUAUCAGACGGUGAACAGAGCUGUAGUAAAGCUGUGAGGUGUAAGAGAAAACCAAAGCUCCUUUAUUUCAGUCAAUAUAAUAUGCAUAAGAAUUAGAAAAGCAUCACCACAAUGUCCAUUUUAACAAAAUGCGUGAUUAUUUCCCUAUAUUGUUUCAUCAUCGUCUGCAACUUGACAUGUGGUCGGAUGGGUUAUUAUAAUCAUUUUAAACGAUUCGACUCUGGUUUACUGUCAGAAGGUCUACCAAUGUGGUUAGAAAAACGCGAAGAAUUCAGAAAUCCUUUUAAUUAUCAAGAUAUUUCAAAAGCAUGGAAGGAGAGAAACGAUCUAGAAGUCGAUGAAUUGAACCGAAUAAUCAGUCAGAGUGAAAUUCACCGCCCUUUAUCAACUUAUUUCGAUCAACAGAUAAAAUAUGCUUAUCCUGAUGAAUUUAUUAAUAGGGAUCAAAGAGCUAAACCUGCUUUUGGAAGUGAUGAUGCUUUAGCAACGAAUGGAUUACGUUCUUAUAUGCACUGGCAACCAGCUGUGGUUGGUUCAGUGUGUGCAGUACUGGGUGUGUUGGUCAUUGCUGCAGUUGGAACCAUUUAUCAGAAACGAAAACUUCAAAUGAAAUCUAGCCUAAGUCAAGACGAAGAGGAUAUUUUAGAGAAUUCAAAAUUAUCGAAUAAACUUUUAUCUCUUAAUUCAGACGAUGAUCGUAAACUCGCUCAGUCAGCACAAAUGUAUCAUUAUCAACACCAGAAACAACAAAUGUUGGCGCUUGAAAAGGUUAAUGAUCAUACUCGGACAAGUGAUGACGAUGACAGUGAAGAUGAUAUCGAUGAAGGUGAUUUCACCGUUUAUGAAUGUCCAGGACUGGCUAAUCGUCAAAAUGCCCCGUUUCUUUUGACAUGUUGGGUUCUGCGAUGGGUACUUGGACAAUUCUACAGGGACAUCAAGGUGUUAUUUGGUUGAUGUUAGCCAAAAAUGGUGUCUAAAACGUACAUUUCGCAUCAUUAGAGGCUUGUCGGCUGGAUAUGUCCGUACAUUAACUGGUGAAAUAGAAGUUGAGAACCCACUGUUUGACAAUGAUGCUGGGGAAAAAGUGCUGAAUACAAGUGGGAGUUCCGGUGAGCUGAUCGGUUGUAGUGAUUUAGAAGAGCAUUUCAAUGAAGGUGCAACAACAUCACCAUCAACACAAGGUGGCGCGACAUCUACAAAUAAUAAUCAAUAGAUCACGUUAAAUAAGAUGAAAAGAUGAAUUUACAAGUGUUUAAAAAUUAUUUCUCAUAUUGUAUGUUGUCUAUCUGUGUUUGUAGUGUGUGUGUGUGUAUACGCGUGUACGUGGUCAGUCCGUUGUUAACAGUCAUUCAUUUCAUUUACAACAGAAACACCAUCAGAUAUAGGAUUCUGAAAAUUUUCAUCAGAAAGUACACAGAACAUGCAAAAUGAUUAGAAUGCUAUAGACCUUACAGAAGUCAGAGUAUUAUCGAAAAAAUAUUCUUCACACUGAUUUAAGAUUUCCUCGUUUCUAUUUAGACUACUUAUAAGUAACUCAUCUUUUUUCAAAAUACAUUCGUCCCCCUAGACUACAACAAGCUUUUUUUCAAGAAUCCUGAUUUACUAAAAUAUUUAAUGUUUCUUUUUGUGAACAGAAAGCAUAACACUAGUGAGCUAAUUAUUAAAUAACUUUCUAAGGCCAUUUAUUUUUCUAACAAUUAAGCUAAACUGUGAACAUCAUUUAGAGACGAUGUGUUGUUUUUUGUCUUUACUUUUGUUUCUCAUCACUUUUAUGCGGGUAUGUACUUUCAUGUUGUUUUUAUUUGAAUCUUAGUUACAAUUUGAGUUUUGUUUAUUGACUGAUAUGACUGUUGAUAAAAAUCAUUUAUAUUUGUGUUGGUGUGCUUGUUUUUGUGAAUUUUCAUUUGUGCGUACUUUCCAUCAUUUUUUACUCAUCAGUUUCCUGCAAUUGAUAACAUUUUGUCUUUUGAUUAAUUCAUCUCAUAAUUCUUAAGACUCUCGGUGUUUCUUGACCUGGAUGUUCUUCAUAAACAUUGUCUGAUUAAAAUUUUCUGGAAGACAGCAUUAUUACAUGG